AUGAACGACGAAGAUGCUUUGGCCAACAUCUACAAAAAGAUCGAGCGCGAGAAGGCCCUCAUCAACGCUGCCAAUUCUAUGCGACAGCAGACCAACAACGACGAUGUCCGAUCCCGUCUGGAUAGUCAAAUGCGCGAGGGGCGUCGAAACCUCCAAUUUUUUGAGGACAAGCUCCGUGAUUUGCAGAUGAAGCGUCUAGGAUCGGGCAUAGAUAAUCUGAACCUAGGCUCGAGCUCCUCCGUAGGUCCUAUGCAUGGUAGUCUCGAUCCGCUCAGUGGUCGUGAAGGACCACCGCCGCCUCCGCCUAAGGAUGCUGGCGGCUAUUCGGGCGACGGAGGCUCGUAUGGCUCACAACAAUACAGUCAAAUUGGCGGCCAUGGCGAUUUGAUGCCCCCGCGACAUCCAUAUCCGCCCCCAGGACCAACUUCGUCGGUUCCGAAACAGAGACCGAACUUUACCAAGCUAGACCUGAUAACAUAUGAUACCCCAUACCUCGGUCCACGAAUCCAACUCAUGCUCUCCCAAAUCCAGUUCAAGUUGAACGUCGAAGAACAAUAUCUGAAAGGGAUAGAAAAAAUGGUUCAGCUCUACGGCAUGGAAGGCGACCGCAAAAGCAAAGCGGACGCCGCCGCCAAGAAAGUCGAGAGUAAGCAGAAAAUCCACCUCUUGAAGCAGGCACUCAAGCGGUACGAGGAACUGCAUAUCGACGACUUGGACUCGGCGGAUUCGCCCGAUGAUGAUAGCAUAAAUACGCCCAAUCUGCGUAAACCGCUUACUGGGCAGCUUUCGAUUCGGGUUGUUCAAGUAAGGGAUGUUGACCAUGCGAGUACCGGACGAUUCUCGCGAGGUCCGGAGACCUUCGUUGCUGUCAAAGUCGAGGAUAACGUUGUCGCACGAACGAGGGUCUCACGUAACGACCGGUGGGAAGCCGAAUACCACAACAUCGAUGUAGACAAGGCGAACGAAAUCGAGCUCACAGUGUAUGAUAAGCCGGGUGAGCAUGCUCUGCCUAUCGCUAUGCUGUGGGUACGAAUAUCAGACAUCGUCGAAGAGAUGCGACGAAAGAGGAUCGAGGCGGAAAUAACCAACUCCGGCUGGGUAUCCGCUGACAGAAUGGGAGGAGCCGGUGCACCGCCGCCUCAAUUCCCAAUGGAUCCGCAACAAUCGCCUGGCGGCGCCGGUCCUACUUCCCCCGGCCUCUCCGCAGGUCCAAACCAACCGUUCGGACCUCAAGCGGUACCUCAAGUUACAUCUCAACCGAUCGAUGCGUGGUUUAACCUAGAACCCACUGGCUCCAUCCACUUAAACAUGAACUUCAUCAAGCAGAAUAAGGACCGCAGACCUGUGGAUUUGGGUCUUGGGCGAAAGGGUGCCAUCCGUCAACGCAAGGAGGAGGUGCACGAGAUGUACGGACACAAGUUCGUACAACACCAAUUUUACAACAUCAUGCGUUGCGCCCUUUGCGGUGACUUCCUCAAGUACUCCGCUGGUAUGCAGUGCGAGGACUGCAAGUAUACUUGCCAUACGAAAUGCUAUUCCAGUGUGGUUACGAAGUGCAUCAGUAAAAGUAACGCCGAAACUGAUCCGGAUGAGGAGAAAAUCAGCCACCGCAUCCCCCACAGAUUCGCGCCGUUCGCCAAUGUUACUGCUAAUUGGUGCUGCCACUGUGGUUAUAUCCUGCCUUUUGGCAAGAAGAAUUGUAGAAAGUGUACCGAAUGUGGACUUACGGCUCACGCUCAAUGUGUCCAUCUCGUUCCCGAUUUCUGUGGUAUGAGUAUGGCCGUUGCAAACCAAAUCCUCGAGGGCAUCAGAUCUCAAAAACAACGACAGCAAAAAGCGACUUCAUUGAGCGAGAAGACGUUGAGAGCAGGCAAGAUGAGCCCUUCGAGCACCUCAUCAGGACCUAUGUCGCCCUAUGGGGCGCCAUCUUACCAGCCCAGUGUAGCUUCUCAGGAGGCAACCGAUGCUGCCAAGGCUAUGUAUGCUAGCCAGACAUCACCAUCAAGACCGGUCCAUCCCGAUCGUACUUCAUCAGGCUCUAGCGCUGCCGCUGCUGCCGCUACUGCUGCCAUGAGUGGCACUAUGGCAUCCCAAUCUGGCCGUCCGGGACAGAUUCCGGAUUACUCUUCGGGUAGGGUAGGAGGCUAUGGUGGAUCUAUGGACGCUCAGGAAGACCCGUAUGCUGCUAAUCAAGGAUAUAAUAUUCCUUCGCAGCCUAAAUACAAUCCGGCGGCGUAUGCUAAUAUCAGCAACUAUCCUCCUAGUCAACCACAAAUACAGCAGCAGCAGCAGCGCCCUGUACAACAAGCACAGUCACCAGCGCCGCAAUUGCAACAACAAAUGUACCCUCCUGUUGCACCAAUUGCGAAGCCACAGCCAGUCCAGGAGACCCCUUCGCUAACAUCCAGUGCUACGUUACCACCCCCUUCGAGGAAACCUUUACCCCUGGCUACAGAUCCAGGAACAGGACAGCGAAUUGGCUUGGAUCAUUUCAAUUUCUUGUCCGUUCUUGGAAAGGGUAAUUUUGGUAAAGUCAUGUUGGCUGAGACGAAGAAGACACGACGACUUUACGCUAUCAAGGUUCUCAAGAAGGAGUUCAUUAUCGAGCACGACGAAGUUGAAAGUAUCCGAUCUGAGAAGAGGGUCUUUUUAAUUGCGAAUCGGGAGCGUCAUCCGUUCCUAACCAAUCUGCAUGCCUGUUUCCAAACCGAAACGAGAGUGUAUUUUGUCAUGGAGUACAUUAGUGGUGGCGAUUUGAUGCUUCAUAUUCAGCGCAGCGCAUUUAGCACAAAGCGUGCACAGUUUUAUGCUGCUGAAGUUUGCUUAGCUCUUAAGUACUUCCAUGAGAACGGUGUUAUCUACCGUGAUCUUAAGCUUGACAACAUUCUUCUCGCUCUUGAUGGUCAUAUCAAGAUUGCUGAUUACGGUUUGUGUAAGGAGGAUAUGUGGUAUGGCUCCACAACCAGCACCUUCUGUGGUACGCCUGAAUUCAUGGCUCCUGAGAUUUUGAUGGACAAGAAAUAUGGCCGAGCGGUGGAUUGGUGGGCAUUUGGCGUCUUGAUAUAUCAGAUGCUUUUGCAACAAUCUCCCUUCCGAGGUGAAGACGAAGAAGAAAUUUACGAGGCGGUCCUUGCAGAUGAGCCACUCUAUCCUAUCCACAUGCCUAGGGAAUCGGUCUCAAUCUUACAAAAGCUUCUUACGAGGGACCCCGAGCAAAGAUUAGGAAGUGGGCCGACUGAUGCUCAAGAGGUCAUGAGUCAGCCCUUUUUUAAGAACAUUGUGUGGGAUGAUAUUUAUCACAAGCGCAUUCCGCCCCCAUUCGUGCCUACGAUAAAGAGUGCUACCGAUACCAGUAACUUCGAUUCCGAGUUUACCAGCGUCACACCAGUACUGACACCGGUGCAGUCAGUGCUUUCGCAAGCCAUGCAAGAAGAAUUCCGUGGAUUCUCAUACACGGCGGACUUUGAUUAG